AUGUCGACGUAUAAAGUGUUAAGAUUUGGACCCGUGAGAUUCGCUCAGGAAGCAUGGGCUGAACUGGCCGCCAAGCCCAACGUGGAGGUGGUGGAGUCGUCAGCUUCUUCUAGAGACGAAUUUGUGAAGGAGUUGAAGUCCGGCAAGUUCAAGGACGUUGACAUCAUUGCCAGAACGUUUGAGAGUGUCAAGCAGACUGGUCUGGUCGACAAGGAGCUGUUGAGUUUGUUGAAGGAGACCACUCAGCUGAAAGCAAUUUCUCACAACGGUGCGGGAUACGACCAGGUGGACGCUGUUGAGUGCGGCGAAUUGGGAAUCCAGGUUUCCAAUGUUCCGUCGCUUGUGGACGCAGCAACAGCCGACUCGCAUAUCUACCUGUUGCUGGGAGCAUUGAGAAACUUCCAACUCUCCACCCUGAACCUGUUGAAAGGUAAAUGGCCAACCAGCAAGUGUGCAGGCACGCCAAUUGGCCACGAUCCCGAAGGAAAGGUGCUUGGUAUCUACGGAAUGGGCGGAAUUGGCCGUGCUGUGAGAGACAGAGCCAAACCGUUUGGGUUCAAGAAGAUCAUCUAUCACAACAGAAACAGACUUGCUGCUGAGCUGGAAGGCGGUGCUGAGUACGUUACGUUUGACGAGCUGCUGAAACAGUCGGACGUCAUUUCGAUUAACAUCCCACUCAACAGUGCCACCAAGCACUCGAUCAACAAGGACGCCAUUUCUAAGAUGAAGGACGGGGUGGUUAUCGUCAACACGGCCAGAGGAGCCAUUGUCGACGAGAGCGCCUUGCUUCCGGCCCUGAAAAGCGGCAAGGUUGGCUCUUUUGGUGCAGAUGUGUUUGAAAACGAGCCAAACGUCAACAUGGAGCUUGUGGAGCAGCCAAAUGUGGUUUCGCUGCCACACAUGGGCACCCACACCGUCGAGACCAUGAAGGCCAUGGAGGAGUUUGUUGUUGAGAACGUUACCAAGUACGUCGACACGGGCAAGGUUUUGACGAUCGUUCCUGAAUUGAAGGGUAAAUUCUAG